GGCGACCCAGUGCCGUGUGCUAAGUGCGGGGGAAAUGGAGGCACGGCGUGUGUGUUUUGCGAGGGGGGCAAGAUGGCCGGCAAGGAUGGGCGCCUCAUGGAUUGCCGCGUGUGUAAGGGGGCAGGACUGGUCUUUUGCAAAGAAUGUAAGGGCACUGGAUAUGUGAAGAGAUUGUAA